CUCUCCAUUCAGUAGUGCCCCCUCCCAUCCUGUGCACUGUGGAGCAUUUCUAGUGCCGGACCACCAAGUACCCGGGAAGCAGCGUGAUCGGGCCACUGCGGGGGAAAAUAAAUCUUUUUUUUUUCAACCCAGACAUGGAUUGUUAAAUGUGUUCUAUCUCGAUUUUAUUUUUUUAUCUUGUGUUUUUGCCCGGUUUUUAACCUGCUCAAUGUCUCUCAUCAGUUUUUAACCUAAACAAAAUGAGGAUUUCUAGUGAUCAGUUUCUAUUGAUAUUCUCGGGCUUAUGGGGACUGACAAUGGGUGCUUUCCCAAGCAGCGUUCAGAUAGGGGGGCUGUUCAUCCGGAACACGGAUCAGGAGUACACAGCCUUCCGGCUGGCCAUCUUCCUCCACAACACCAGCCCCAACGCCUCGGAAGCCCCCUUCAACCUGGUGCCUCAUGUGGACAACAUCGAGACGGCCAACAGCUUUGCCGUCACCAACGCCUUCUGCUCGCAGUACUCUCGGGGCGUCUUCGCCAUCUUCGGCCUGUACGACAAGCGCUCGGUGCACACGCUGACGUCCUUCUGCGGGGCGCUGCACAUCAGCCUCAUCACGCCCAGCUUCCCCACCGAGGGCGAGAGCCAGUUCACCCUGCAGCUGCGGCCCUCCAUCCGGGGGGCCCUGCUGUCCCUGCUGGACCACUACGACUGGAACAAGUUCGUCUUCCUCUACGACACCGACCGGGGAUACUCCAUCCUGCAGGCCAUCAUGGAGAAGGCGGGCCAGAACAACUGGCAGGUGAGCGCCAUCUGCGUGGAGAAUUUCAACGACGCCAGCUACCGCCGGCUCCUAGAGGACCUGGACCGGCGGCAGGAGAAGAAGUUUGUGAUCGACCUGGAGGCGGAGCGGCUCAACAACAUGCUGGAGCAGAUCGUCAGUGUGGGCAAACACGUCAAGGGAUACCAUUACAUCAUGGCUAACCUGGGCUUUAAGGACAUUAACCUGGAGCGUUUCAUGCACGGCGGGGCCAACGUGACGGGCUUCCAACUGGUGGACUUCAGCAACCCCAUGGUCAUCAAGUUGAUGCAGCGCUGGAACAAACUGGACCAGCGCGAGUACCCCGGCUCCGACGCCCCUCCCAAAUACACGUCUGCGCUGACUUACGACGGAGUGAUGGUGAUGGCGGAGGCGUUCCGGAUUUUGCGGCGGCAGAAAGUGGACCUCUCCCGGCGGGGCAACGCCGGCGAAUGUCUGGCCAACCCUGCCGCCCCCUGGAACCAGGGGCUCGACAUGGAGAGAACCCUCAAACAGGUGCGGAUGCAGGGAUUAACAGGUAAUGUCCAGUUCGACCACUAUGGCCGAAGGGUCAACUACACGAUGGACGUGUUUGAGCUGAAGAGUAACGGACCCCGACGGAUCGGCUACUGGAACGACGCAGACAAGAUGGUGCUCAUCCAGGACUCUCUCCUCCUGCCAAACGACACCUCAGGCAUGGAGAACAGGACCGUCGUGGUGACCACCAUCAUGGAAGGGCCGUACGUGAUGCUGAAGAAGAACUGGGAGCUGUACGAGGGCAACGACCAGUACGAGGGUUACUGCGUGGACCUGGCCUCGGAGAUCGCCAAGCACAUCGGCAUCAAGUACAAGAUCUCCAUCGUGCCCGACGGGAAGUACGGCGCCCGGGACCCGGAGACGAAGAUCUGGAACGGGAUGGUCGGGGAGCUGGUGUACGGGAAAGCGGAGAUCGCUGUGGCCCCCUUGACAAUCACGCUGGUCCGGGAGGAGGUGAUCGACUUCUCCAAGCCCUUCAUGUCGCUGGGCAUCUCCAUCAUGAUCAAGAAGCCCCAAAAGUCCAAACCCGGGGUGUUCUCCUUCCUGGACCCGCUGGCCUACGAGAUCUGGAUGUGCAUCGUGUUCGCCUACAUCGGCGUGAGCGUGGUGCUCUUCCUGGUCAGCCGCUUCAGCCCGUACGAGUGGCACACCGAGGAGCCUGACGAAGGCACCGACGGUCCGCCCAGUGAUCAGCCCCCCAAUGAGUUCGGCAUCUUCAACUCCCUCUGGUUCUCCCUGGGCGCCUUCAUGCAGCAGGGCUGUGACAUCUCCCCCAGGUCUCUGUCGGGCCGCAUCGUGGGGGGCGUGUGGUGGUUCUUCACCCUCAUCAUCAUCUCCUCCUACACGGCCAACCUGGCGGCCUUCCUCACCGUGGAGCGCAUGGUGUCGCCCAUCGAGAGCGCCGAGGACCUGGCCAAGCAGACGGACAUCGCCUACGGCACGCUGGACUCGGGCUCCACCAAGGAGUUCUUCAGGCGCUCCAAGAUCGCCGUCUACGAGAAGAUGUGGGGCUACAUGAAGUCGGCGGAGCCCACGGUGUUCACCAAGACCACGGCGGAGGGGGUGGCGCGCGUGCGCAAGUCCAAGGGGAAGUACGCCUUCCUGCUGGAGUCCACCAUGAACGAGUACACGGAGCAGCGCAAGCCCUGCGACACCAUGAAAGUGGGCGGCAACCUGGACUCCAAGGGCUACGGCGUGGCCACGCCCAAGGGUUCACAGUUAAGAACGCCCGUAAACCUUGCCGUAUUGAAACUGAGUGAAGCAGGCGUCUUAGACAAACUGAAAAACAAAUGGUGGUACGAUAAAGGGGAGUGUGGACCCAAGGACUCUGGAAGUAAGGACAAGUCGUCGCAGGCCCUGAGCCUGUCCAACGUGGCGGGGGUCUUCUACAUCCUGGUGGGCGGCCUGGGCCUGGCCAUGCUGGUGGCCCUCAUCGAGUUCUGCUACAAGUCCCGCAACGAGGCCAAGAGAAUGAAGAUGACCUUCACAGAGGCCAUGAGGAACAAGGCGCGGCUGUCCAUCACGGGCAGCGUGGGGGAGAACGGCCGCGUGCUGACCCCCGACUGCCCCAAGGCGGUGCACAGCGGACCGCCCAUCCGCCAGAGCUCUGGCCUGGCGCUGGUGUCCUCCGAGCUGCCGUGAACACCAAUUACCUCGCAAGUGCCUUAAACUCUCCACGCCCAAACACACACACGCACACACAAACACACACACACACUCACACACACACACAUACACAGACGAAACGCAACCACCCCCGCCCCCAGCCAACCUUCCUCCUCUCGCCUACCCGUCCUCCUCCUCCUCUUCCUCCUCUCAAACUGAAAAAAAAACAAAUAAACAUUCGGGGCGUACAGGCCAUGAUGCAACGCGGAAUGGAUACAAAACGCAGGAUUAUACGCAAAACCGGCUGCCAUGGCGAUGACCUCGGAGCGGACAGACUGGCUUCGUCCGACAUCUUUCUUUUGUUUCUUUCAUGUUGAUACGAAGAGUGGAACGGCUUCGGGGCACUUGCUCCCGAAAAGACCAAGAAGAAAAAAUCAUUUGAACGAAACAAUCUUGAACGUCCACCGUGAUGGGUGGUUUGAAUCCCGGUGCCAUUCCACGGCACGGUAGCGCUGGCCUCUACCGGUCAGCCUAAGCCGACCGCUUACACUCCGUUCGGACAGUUGGACCAGGAGAACCAAGAUUAUAAUAUAUCGUCAUACAUGAUAAAAGGGAUAGACCAGAAAACUGUAAAGAAAAAAAAAUAACAACAACAUGAACACUUGGAACUUAAACUGUGCAUUUUGGAUUGCCGGGGAAAUUUGGCAACUAAAUCACAAUCAUGAUUGUUUUCAAACGGAGCCCAAUUUGCUACUGAGACACAAGUAGAGUUGAAGACAAACUGAUUGCUCAACAACAACGCUAGAUAUCAGUGAUUGACACUGGGAUUAAAAAAAGUUGUGACCUCCGAGGUCCAAAUGGGAAAAAAAUCAUGUAUUUCUAUAAAUAUAGCAAAUAUAACAUCUAUUGAUAAUAUAUGACAAAACAUAAGAAACUGUGAAGAUAGGUAAAUAUGUAUAUUCCAUGAGAAAACAAAAUAAAAAAUAUACAUUCAAGCUGUACAUAAAGACGACUGUAUAACAUGCUUGCUUUAUAAAGAGAUGUAAAUAGCAGAUAUUGUAGUGGACAGAUGGUUCAUUUUUGUAUUCAUCUUUGAAUAUUCGAUUCAUUGCAAUAAUGAAGGAGACCAGGGGACUUGUAGUGGGGAAAAGGUGUAAUGAUAAUUUAAAAUGUAUUUCAGAACCUAGUGUACAAAGUAGGGUAAAAAUUUAAUUACAGAAAAAAACGGUUAUCAGCUGCCGUAGUAUUCUAACAUAUACUAUUUACAAAUUACUAUAUAUUCAGCGAUGAAUGUUAACUAUCCAUACCCCAAUCCUUAAAAACAAACAAAAACUAAACAAAAAAAACACAAUCCUCACUGUGCAAAUGUGGACAGAAGGUUCUCUUAGGGAGAACUCAACCAGUCAACUUUCUGCAGUCCAAAAUAUUUUUUUCAUCAUUUUAAAUAUUUUUGGUACCGAGAAAUAAAAUAAAAAGAAUCAAUAAAAAAAAAGAAGAAAAGUCUGUCAAAAGGUUUUGAAACGUUGACAGUGACAUAUUCUUAUCCGGGUAGAUCUUUUAGAGCCCCUUACGUGUUUGUGUGAGUGUGGAGUCAUACUGUACGUCAAGCCGAAACCUGAUGAAGGGAAAUAUCAUUUCUCUCUCACCAACUGGGUUAUUUUGAAGGGUCUGUUGGUCCGGCGAGGCGUUGGAACCAUGUGACUGGGGGAGCCCACUGGUUUAGAUGUGGGACGAGGAACAGCAAGUCCUUCCUGUUUUGAAACACUGUGGAUCGUCAUACAGCCCCUGUGAACGAGGGAGCUUGACAAUGUAGCAUUAAACAAACAAAACGUACAAACAUGUAUUUGCUCCGAAUCUUAUCGACUGUGGUGCGCAACAUUGCCCCCUUGUGGCAAUAGGGGAGGGUGCGGGGGGGAGGGAGGGGAAAAUCGGUAGGCCUCUGGGCAGUGAUAAAAGACGCUGCCUCAUGCUUCGUUAUACACAGUGACAAACAGCCCCAGGUGGUGCUGCUGCUUAAAUGUAUGUUUUCUCAUGUUUCUUUUUUAUUAUGAUUGUUUACUCCCUUUGGUUUGUGCUGGGCGGUGGGGCAGAAGUCCUUCCUUAUUCCAAAGGGAAGCUGGCAAACUUACAGCCAUGUUUAUUUUACUUUUUUUGUGGGGGGCGGGGACGGGUGGAUGGGAUGCGGGAUGGGGCUGUGCUUCUACACUGUAUGUCUGUACAACUUGCCGCCCAAAAAAUGGCGUUUUAUUUUUGUUUCAAUUGUAUAACUUGAUUUUGAUCUGGUUUUAUUUUUUUUAGUAAAAGGAUAUUCCAA